AUGACGGUAUUCGAAAAUGGUCAGCUUGUUUUAGACGAACAGUUUGAUCCAACCUAUCAACCGAGCCAAGAGGAUCUCAUCCAAUAUGCUCAGGUGAUUGGAAUCGAUCCGAUUCGAGAACCGGAUUUGUUGUAUCUUGCUUACGAAGGAUUAAAUGCCCCGUUACCAGCAGACUGGAAACCUUGCCAGGAUGUGAAUGGAGAUAUUUAUUAUUUCAAUUUCACCACAGGACUUUCGAUCUGGGAUCAUCCGUGUGAUGUACACUAUCGUCAAGUGGUUGCAACUGAACGAGCCAAACGUCAGAAAUUGCGUGAUCUUUCUCCUGCUCUGUCUUCCAGACAGUUUUCCACUGAAUACCCACCGUGGUCCACUUAUUCACAACCCGCCGUUAGUUUCUCGUCCAUGGGCAACCAAAACGGGAAUCUGAUCAAUACCAUCAUGUACGAUUCAAAGACGCUUGGUCAUCAGUCAGGAACUAGACAAGACUUAUUCGGGCAUCCUUCCACUGGGAAACCCAAUAUGAUUCGAUCGCAUUUAAAUAUGCCAUAUCGUCCCACAGCUGAGUCCAGUUUCGUUCCGUCCCAGUCGGUCGACAAUUUCGCACACUCGAAUGGUCCAAAUUCCACAGUACUCCCAUCCAGCUUCAACGGUUCAGUGAAUCACACAUCCGGUCGCGUGGCGAGCUCACAUUCCUCGUCCACUGGUGCUUCUUCGCGCUCGUGUGAUCUUGAAGAGGAAGCAAAUGUUCAAAUCUGUAUUCGUCCUAAAUCGGUCGUCUCAGACGAUUCUAGCGAUGAAAUCCCACCGUAUAUGCCGAACGUGUCUCAGAACGCAACUCCGGAUAGAUUGAACGGGAUCGACUCGGACCCGCACGCACGAGCUAAUCUCGUUACUCCUUUGAUCAACCAUUUCAGUCCUCCGACGACUGGGGUCGUUCAAAAACGUCCCAACCAUCAAAGUGUUCAUUUUCAACUGGAUUUCGGAAGAUCUACGCGAAAACAACUAGAAACGGUGAGACUAUCCUCCGGUCUAGGGUGCUCUGACGAUGCUUCUUCCGAGUCCACCAGCACAUUGAGUAUUCUCAACAGGAAAACCCUAACUCAGUCCAAGUUCGAUGCCAAUCCAGUCGGACAGAGUGAAGCACGACUGUUGCAAAAGUUGCUCGAUUUUCAAAAUCAACUGAAUGCUCUCAGUCAGGAUUUGUAUCGAUCACAUUGCCAAACACAAUCGGAUGAUGCGCACCGGACAAACGGAGUGUCGGGUAAUCCAGUGAAUUAUUACCAGUCAACAAGCCCAUCUAACCACGCGCAACAGUGCAGUGCUGAUUCUGCUCGGAGUCCCAGUACUAAAUCCAGUCGUCGUAUGAGUAGGCCACCACGGCGGUCCGGUUCAACUCCCAAAACUCUGAAUGAUCUCUCCAAUCUGGUACGUUCCUAUUCACAAGAGAAUUGCAUUCGUUCUCCGACCUAUGACGAAUUCAUGGGUUUGCGACAGACCGACGAAAUACAAAGUGCCGUGGCCAAAAUGAACAACGGUACGACUCGAUCUCGUCGUCCAUUCGAGGUGGUCGAUCGACGGAAACGACGACUAUCUCUGGUGAAUGGUGCACUUCCUAUCUCGAACGCGGAGACCACCAAGUCUGGAUUUUUACGUGUGCACACGGACACAAAAUCACAGGGUGAUUUGUCAUGUUCAUCCACCUACUAUCCACAGGAACCGCUGCAGCGUGCGCAUUCUGUUGAAUCCCACCUUGCUACACAGCAUCCCGAAAACUUUUAUCUGCCAUCCAACCGUUUGAAUGAGGUAGUAACAGACCAGAACUCCUCCAAGAUUCAAACAAUUUUGGCCUCGUUAGAACAGCUCGAGACGGAUCUGGGCGAAGUGAUUCAAUUGUGUGCACAGAACGAUGGUCACGUUUCGUCGCCGAAUAAGAUUAUCGAACCCGAAGCAAGUCGACCUAGUCCAGCACGGGAGGUAUCACGAGUCGUUUCUCCGGGUCGGCGAUAUCCCAUUGAUUGGCAGAAGAUCACCGAUAGAACUCGGAGUAGUUCAACACCCAGAGAACCACGCCUGUCCCAGGCGAGCAAUACGGAUCGUCGAAUUGAAGAAUACCGUCAGUGGUUGAUUGGAGCAAAAUCCCAGUUCGAGAAGUGCACCACACAACAGCGGUCCCGAAAUGUUGUGUAUUAG